CCCUUCAAAACAUGCAACUUUUAAAAUAUAAAAUUUAUGUUCUUUUCACUAAAUAGUGGAUUAUCGUCCACUGCAAUUAUUGGUGUAAGUGCGGAAGUCCAGACACAAAACACAAUGGCUGCAACAACCCAUCUCCCUCUAGUACGAGCCACCCCAAAUUCCAUACCUUUACCUGUCCAUCGCGAACAAAAAAUCAAGAACAGAGACUCCUCCUCUCUAACUGACUCCUUCACGAACUGCAAAACGCUUACCCAACUUAAGUUACUUCAUUGCCGUAAUACCAAGCAGGGCCUCAAUCACCACCUGACUUCUAUGACUGAGCUUAUAUCAUCGUGUAUUUCAUUGGGUACUACUGAAAGCUUAGAUUACGCAGCAAAAUCCUUUGAUUACUUCAUCAAGGAUGAAGGGGUAGGGGACGCGUUGUAUAUGUACAAUUCUUUGAUCAGAGGUUAUUCUUCUUGUGGACUUGGCGAUAGAGCUGUCUUGCUUUAUUGUCAAAUGGUGGUUAAUGGUGUUUUGCCUGAUAAGUAUACAUUCCCGUUCGUGUUAAGCGCGUGUGCCAAAGUUGGGGCGUACAGUGAAGGAGUUAUGAUUCAUGGGGCGGUCGUAAAGAUGGGUUUUGAAGGAGACGUAUUUGUAGAUAAUUCUUUGAUACAUCUGUAUGGUGAGUGUGGGAAGCUGGACUAUGGUAGAAAGGUGUUUGAUAAAAUGUCUAAAAGAAAUGUCGUUUCCUGGACUAGCUUGGUUUGUGGUUGUGCUAAAAGGGAUUGUGCUAAGGAGGCUGUUUCGUUGUUUUUUGAGAUGGUGGCUGCAGGUGUUAAACCCAAUUCAGUAACGAUGGUGUGUGUGAUUUCCGCAUGUGCUAAGUUGCAGAAUCGUGAAUUGGGGGAAAUGGUGCAUGGUUAUAUUAGAGACCACGAGAUGGAGGUUAACACUCAUAUGGUGAAUGCACUAGUUGAUAUGUACAUGAAAUGCGAUUGUGUUGAUAUUGCGAAGAAGCUUUUCGAUGAAUGUGCUGAUAAAAAUUUGGUUCUGUGUAAUACAUUCAUGUCAAAUUAUGUGCACCAGGGGAUGGCAAGAGAAGCACUUUCUGUCUUGGAUGAAAUUCUGAGACAGGGAAUAAGACCUGAUCGGGUUACAAUGCUAUCAGCAAUCUCAGCAUGCGCUCAAUUGGUUGAUAUUUCGUCUGCAAGACAGUGCCACGGUUAUGUCCUAAGGAAUCAAUUGGAAUGCUGGGAUAGCAUUCUCAAUGCCAUGAUUGACAUGUACAUGAAGAAUGGCAAACAAGAACUGGCUUGUAGGAUUUUUGAUGGCAUGCCUAACAAGACUGUGGUUUCGUGGAACUCUUUAGUUGCAGGUUUCACUAGCAAUGGUGAUGUGGAGUCUGCUAUGAACACUUUCAAUACUAUGCCAGAGAAAGAUAUUGUCUCCUGGAACACCAUUAUGGGCGCUCUGAUACAAGAGAGCAUGUUUGAGGAAGUACUGGAACUUUUCAAGUUAAUGCAAGCAGAGGGAAUGAAAGCUGAUAGAGUGACAAUGAUGGGAGUCACAACUGCCUGCGCCUAUCUGGGAGAUCAUGAUCUUGCAAAAUGGAUCCAUGCUUACAUAGAAAAGAAUGAAAUCUACUGUGACGUGCGUCUGAGCACGGCCUUAGUUGAUAUGUUUGCUAGAUGUGGUGAUCCUCAAACCGCCCUGAAAGUUUUCAAUAACAUGAAGAAAAGAGAUGUGUCGGCUUGGACUGCAGCCAUCGGUGCAAUGGCCAUGGAGGGAAACGGUAGAAGGGGCGUAGAACUUUUCAACGAGAUGAUUAAGCAAGGAGUGGAACCAGAUGGAGUAGUACUUGUGGCACUACUAACAGCAUGCAGCCACAGCGGGCUUGUGGAACAGGGUAGACAGUUUUUCAGGUCAAUGAAGGAGAGGUAUGGAAUAACCCCUCGAGUUGUCCAUUAUGGAUGCAUGGUAGAUUUACUUGGCCGAGCUGGGUUACUGGGUCAAGCCGUUGAUCUUAUAAAGAGCAUGCCAAUGGACCCUAAUGAUGUCAUUUGGAGUUCUCUCUUAGCUGCUUGCCGGAUGCAAAAAGAUUUUGAUACGGCAGCUUAUGCCGCAGAAAGGUUAACCAAACUGGCUCCUGAGAGGACCGGGGUUCAAGUGCUUCUGUCAAAUAUAUACGCAUCUGCUGAGAAAUGGACUGAUGUUGCAAAAGUGAGGCUAGACCUCAAGGAGAAAGGAUUCCGCAAAGUUCCUGGAUCAAGUUCAAUUCGGGUUAAUGGAAAAGUGUACGAGUUUACCUCUGGCGAUGAAUCCCACCCAGAGAUGACCAGUAUUGAACUUAUGUUGGGAGAGAUAAACAGUAGGCUCAGAGAUGCUGGCCAUGUUCCUGAUCUGACUAAUGUUCUACUUGAUGUUGAAGAGCAAGAGAAAGAAUACUUGCUAAGCAGGCACAGUGAGAAGCUGGCCAUGGCAUAUGGACUCAUCACGACAGGUCGAGGAAUGCCCAUACGUGUUGUCAAGAACCUCCGCAUUUGCUCUGAUUGCCAUUCAUUUGCGAAAUUGGUGUCAAAGAUAUAUGACCGGGAAAUUAUAAUCCGUGAUAAUAAUAGAUUUCACUUUUUCCGGCAAGGUGUCUGCUCUUGUUGUGAUUAUUGGUAAUUCAGCAUAACAUAAAAAAAAAUCAGCUUCUGUAGG